ACUGCUUUAUGCUGAACCUUUAUGUAGCAACACAAAAUAAUCAAAUCAAUUUUGAAUUACGAUUUCAUAUCUGUGACUAAUUUGUAUAAUCAGAAACAAAUAGUUUCCACACUGUCCACCCACACUCGGACCUCAUAGACAGGAGCUUCCCUCCAGAAUCUUCCUUCUUUCCACGGGACACUGUCUUUACCUGCAAAGUCCAUGCAACAGAAUUCAUGCAAAGCAGCAAAUCUGCUGAUAUCCUCUUAUGACUCCUCUUUUCCUGCUGGCCCUGCACAGCAAUGCUCUUCCUACCUCCAAGUCCCAUUUAGUUGAUUUAGAUUCACAUUGUUAAAUUCCAAGCAAGAAAGAUGAAGUUAUUUUUUGUCUUGAUCAUUAUUGUUUGGGAGCUUGGGUCUCUUCCUCACAAACAAUCCAGUGACCCUGUUUGCCGAGGGGGCAGCAGUUUGGAAUGUUGCAGGUUACGAAGACAAGCUGGAGUUGUGUAACUACCACCCAUAACAGCCUAGUGGGGAGUGGUGCAUAUCACGAGCUAUAAGUGUGGCCAAACAGGACGGUUCAACAUUAGACAAGCACCUGCGGCUGAGAGAUCUGUUAGGAUUGCUUAGGUGAACAUUUGCACUUCUUUCUAUUGAAACAUACAUGCAACAUGGAAUCUAGAACUACUCUGAUCUUCAUUUUCACCUUGUGCACAAGUCUUCUUGAAGGCUGGGGGUUGCCUCUAGUGCCCCAGACUGACCCGAGUGACCCAUCUGCAACCCAUAGGGUCAGGAGCAAACGCUGCUCCUGCAACAACCAGCUGGAUUCGGAAUGCCACUAUUUCUGCCAUCUGGACAUCAUCUGGGUGAACACACCAAGUAAGACCACUGUGUAUGGAUUGGGCAGUCCGUUAACUCGCCGGCGCAGGUCUACAGGCCGCUGCUUCUGUGCCAAUCCUGCAGAUCGGACAUGCAAUGUAUUCUGUCACUACAGUCUGAAAACCCUGCCAUCAUGCUGGUGCACCCAUCUGAACCUGUGCCUGAAAAACAGGAACAACCCAAAUCAGAUCAUGUGGCUGCCCUAAAUAACUCAGAAAAUGCCAAUCCAGGAGUUCUGGUUUUAGGGAAGUCUUCCUCCCUUGGGGCUCAGUCAGACGUCAUAACCUUCCUCAGGAAGCUGGUUAGGGCUAGAGCCAGAGCAAUGGGAAAGGCAUCCAAGGCCAGUAAACCUGGCUACAGAUGAAGUCCUUACCUGGGAGAGAUGGAAGUGCGAGCACUUGAACAAAAGUUGACCCUUGUGAAACCAGGGGCAGCAGAACAUGCAUAGGCUGCGAUCUGGAAGCAGUGUUCCUCAAGGACAGUCCUGUGGAAACUGAGCCUUUGUUGCACAUUUAAGACAGAAUGGGAGAGAUCAAAGCUUGUGAGACGUAAAGGAGAUAUUUGUGAGUUAAGGGCAAAUCAGACCUGUGCACUGAGAGAGCACAAAUGAGGGUCAGGUGUUAGCAACAGUCCUGUAAUGCAAACAGGACGUUAGCUAAGUGGCUAUGCUAGAGCUACCUGACAGGAUCAUAACUAGUCCAAAACACCACGUUUGAACAGUUCGAGAUAAAAGAGACCGGUGAAGUGCUAAUGAAAUGUUGGUUGGAAGAGCACAGACAGGAAGAAACUGCAAUACUCAUACUAUUUAUUGGCACCAGUGGAGCCAACCUUCAUUUAUUAGUUUUAUUUUUCUGUUUAACAAAACAGUCCGAUGCGUUCUAACACAAUCUGACAUAAUGACAACAUCAGCAGCCAAUGAGCUUGCUGCUCAACAUUCAAAUAUUUGGCUGCUGCUUGCUGUAGCAAUUGCAGCACGUAUCAGAAACCCUCUACCUUCCCCAGCUCCACCUGUCUAGAUCUGCUGCGGGGUGAUUUCAUGUAUGUUAUAUAUGAGGGUUAUUUCAUAUGUGUUAUAUGUGCAGCAGCAGUAUUUCUUACAUGCUCACAACAGCAUUUCUGUGGAUGUAUUGGCAGUAGCAAGUCUCGGUACUUUAAAGCAAGUAUUCUCUGACCUUUAAGGUUGGCAUAGUACAAUACAAUACAAUACAAUAGUAAUGGGAUGUUUCAGGGAAUAUAGCAUAAGGAUGACCACUUUGUAUGGACUGUGCCCUUGUUUUUCAUAUAAAUCCAGCUUUACCUAGCAUUAUGUAUUCAUAAGUGAUGCAGACAGUUGUGUUUUUGCAAUCUGUAGCUGGAGAACUUUCUUAUUUAAUGAAUAGCACUAGAACAUUUUAGAGCGCUAACAGUGUGUAUGCAGUAAGUAUGCACUUUAAGAUUACUUUUGGCUGUUGUACUAUUAUAUAUAUAUUUAUAUAUAUAAUUUUGUAGAGAAAGAUUUGUGUAUUGUAUAUAAACAAUAUGGUUUUGUUUAUAUCAUUAUGAUGAAAUUUAUGUAUUCCAUAUUUAUUUCCACAUACUCUGAAUAUGUUAGAUCACUUAGAUUUGUUAUUAACAAAGAAUCCUAAUAAAUUCAUCUUAAAAUAAGUCUUAUUGCUAACCCUAAUUUCGUGUGCUUCUCAAGUACAUUCAACUGUCACCCUGCUGUAGUCUUGUCUAUGUCACAGACAGGAACUGAACAUUACCAGAUUAUGUUCAAAAUAAAGCAAUAGCCCGCAAUUACACUUCAUGUUAAAACAUCCUUGGCAUAAUCUCUUGCAUACAUAGGUUUGUAUAAUUGCCCUGGAUCAAUGCCAAUUCCUUGGUUGACAAAGCACCUUGGCAUGAAGACUCAAAGGGUGUGUACAUGGUUGAAAAGUAAUUAGUUUGAACACAUUGACAUGUUGUUGUGAUGUGAAAGAUAGACUCUUGUAGAGCAGGUGAAUUAAGCAGGAAGCUUGCAGGCGCAUGGGAAAGAAACAGUGUAGACAAUAGCAAUGCCAGAACAACAACAGUCUUGAUGGUUUCCAUCUUCCUGUCAUGACUGAUUAUAUAGGCCAACAGUGCACAUAAGGCUAGUUUCCAAACUCCAAGACCUUAUCCUUAUCCUAAUUCUUUUUUACUUAAAUUUUAUUCAUCUUUUUAGUCUAAGACUAUUGUUCAUCUAAACUGAGACUAAAAACAUGUGCAUUACUUCAUUGUUCUGUUAUUUAACGUCAUACAUUGCAUGUCUACUGUAUGUGUUUCAUACCAAUCCCGACAUUCCUUAAGCAAAUUCAUAACCUUUAUUGCCUCAAGGUUUCUCACCAUGUCUGCUCAUUUAAAUGUGUUUAGUAAGUGUGAGAAAUGCAGCCACACGAAUGAACCGCAGUAACUGAUGGUGAGAUAACUGCAAUUUCAAUGAGCACAGUACCGAGGAAAAACAUAUACGUCAACAU